UACGCCGCAAAUCGUAAAUUCAUCUUCAUUUAUUAUAACAGGUUAAUCGGAUGGGAAUUUUUCAAGACAUUUAAAGUCUGUGUCGUGGGAGAAAACUGAAGAUAUUUAAGGUGUGGGGCUACCAAGUGCCCGCUACCUAAUCGGCUUUGCCGAAGUGUCAAUAUGGGGAAAUUAUUAUCAAAAAUAUUUGGUAACAGGGAAAUGAGAAUUUUAAUGCUCGGUCUUGAUGCUGCCGGGAAAACAACUGUAUUAUACAAACUUAAACUUGGACAAUCUGUGACAACAAUACCAACAGUUGGGUUCAAUGUAGAGACAGUAUCCUACAAGAAUGUAAAGUUCAAUGUUUGGGAUGUUGGUGGACAAGACAAAAUCCGUCCUUUGUGGCGGCACUACUAUGCUGGUACACAGGGCUUAAUAUUUGUAGUUGACUGUGCUGACCGUGAGAGAAUUGAUGAGGCCAGGCAAGAACUCCACAGAAUCAUAAAUGACAGACUCAUGAAGGAGGCUAUUAUUUUAAUAUUUGCUAACAAACAAGAUCUACCAGAUGCAAUGAAACCUCAUGAAGUACAAGAAAAACUGGGUCUGACAAGAAUCCGAGAUAGGAACUGGCAUGUGCAGCCAUCAUGCGCAACAACUGGCGAUGGUCUCUAUCAAGGAUUACAAUGGCUAAGUUCUAACCACCGAACAUGAUGCAUACCCAAUAUGAUGGUCAAUAUUUUCACAAUAAUUAAAAAUUAAUUCUUGAGUUCUUUUAAAACUGUUCCAUAUCUGAAACACUACACAAAGUGAAUUCAGGGAGGCAGAACCAGUUAGAAUUGAAAACUUUAAAUGAAGCUUGACAUUUGACUGACAUACUGCUGUGUAUAUUACACAGUGUACUACAGUAAUGUAGCAAGAAAUGGUUUGCUAUUCUCUUCUGUAUUGGGACCAGUUUGAGGCAUAUGAUAAUUAACUGAGGAGUAAGAGAGUCAGUAAACAGCUAUUUGUUAUUCUUUUUGUCAUUAUUAUUAUUGUAGUGCAGCUUAAGUAUUUGGUGAACAGAAGGUGGCCUCAGAAUACUGUCCAAGUAUAUUAUUUAUUGUUUCUGAUAUCACUGAAUUUGCUUUUGGAAUCAAAGGGUGAAGCAAGCUUUGCUUUCUAGAACAACAUUUGAAUACUAAUGAAGGCAUCAAGCUGUAACCACCCUCAGCCUUUGCUGAUUCUUUUAAAGUAUUUUCCCUUUAAACACUUUAAUGUUAUAGUUAAAUAGGAAAGCUCUUUGUUAAGAAAAUGAAAUUCAAGAAGAACCCAAACUGGAUUCUGGAAUAAUUUUAAGAAACAAUGUGGUCACAUUGUAAAAUCUUAAGGAAAAUAAUGAUUUUCAGAAGUAAAUGUUGUUAAGUUACUGUAUUGUCUAAUUAUGUUAUUCACAUGAUGUUAAUAUUCAUUAUUAAUCAUUCUUGACAUCCUGAACUUUAGUGAGGACUAAUUUGAGGACUCACCAGUACUACUUUUUCUUUUGGUAGCCUGUUCCUGGCAUUCAGUCAGUAAAUGACACUUGAUGGUAAAGAGCACAAAAGUAGUGGAGGAGUGGAAUAACGAGAGAAGUUUGGGUCAGCCCAAAAACUUUAAGCCUGACCCAAACCUCGCUAAUUUUCCUCUUAUCUGCUACUAUGGCCUUGUUUGCUUUUUCACUUCAUAUUAUUAAUUGAAUGCUGGGAAAAGAAUAUUUUGGGUAGUUCUUUUGUUACAACACUAGCAGAAGAUAGCUGUGGAAGGUCCAAUAUUUUCAUCAUUUGUCUUUUGUUUUUCUUUGUUUUUGCACCAUAAUGGAUUUGAUCUGCUUAAUGAGGGAGACAAAUUAGGCACCUUAGUUCAGUGAUUUUACAUUCCUUUGAGCAGCAAAUAAUUGUCUUUGUAUAGGCAGAGUUUCUGUUAUGAUGCAGUUGUUAAUGUCAUAAUGAAUUUUUUCUUCUGCAUGAUAGUAAGUAAACAUUGACAGUUACAUUGGAUUUUCUGAUUUUUAAUCACACAGUAAUUGAUACAAAAUAAAAUAAGUAUUUGAAUUUAGGAAGUUACCUUUGUUCAAUGGUCACUAGGAUGUCCUGGUGUGUUUACAGCAACUCCCAGUUGAGAAAGAAGACCCUUGUUUAGGGUUGGUGUUUGUAAUUAAAAGAGAUUUUUUAC